AUGUACAGGUUGAUUGAGAAGUGUGGAGCAGGCACAUAUGGAAGCGUCUACAAAGCAAUAGAUAUUAGAAACAACAUGGUUGUAGCGCUGAAGAAGGUAUCCAAUGUAGCCAAAGAAGGUGGUCGAGCAGUUGAGAUCAAGUACUUGGAGCAACUAAGGAACACUUCAAAUAUUGUGAAUAUAUACGACUCAUUCUACUUGUCACCAAGCGAGCUGUUCAUUGUGAUGGAGUAUCUAGAGGGAGAUCUUUGGAAGGUCUUAUCCAACCCAUCAUGCAGCCUAUCAUUGGAUUCAAUCAAGAACUUUAUCAGACAGAUACUAGAAGCAGUCUAUCAAUGCCACUCCAAAGGCAUCAUGCACAGAGAUAUCAAACCUGCCAACUUAUUGAUCAGUGGCGAAGGCGAGUUGAAGCUUACAGAUUUUGGACUAUCGACAUCAUUCCAAUCACAAGGCGACGAGCAAUUCUCAAACAACGUUGUUUCAUUGUACUAUAGACCUCCCGAGCUACUGCUCGGAUGCAUCAACUACGGGCCAGAAAUCGACAUUUGGAGCGUAGGCUGCAUUCUGAUGGAGAUGCUCACCAACAAGUAUCUGUUUGCCGGCAAGAAUGAGGCCGAGCAGCUGGAGCUGAUCUUCAAGCGCUUUGGAACGCCCAACGAGUGCUCGUGGCCGGGCGUCACCUCGUACGCCCUCUGGGACUUCUCGUUCGAGCACUACAGUCACAGGUCGCUCAACGAUUGCUUCCCGCACCUCAGCUCGUCACUGCCCACAUUGUUCGACCUGGCCUCCAAGAUGCUCGAGCUGGAUCCGCGCAAGAGGAUCACCAGUCUACAGGCAUUGAAUCAUCCCUUUUUCCACACGGCAUGCGAUGUCAGCGAGUCACUUAUUCCAAGCUCGCCAACAUUCAUUCAAGAUAUAUAUUACCAUCAGCUACAGCAGCAGCGACAGCAGUACCAGCAGCACUGUCUACCGCUACCGCUACUACAACAUCUACACAACUACGUACCAUCUCAAUCAAUCGAUAUACCCCAACAACAACAACAGCAACAGCAAAGUCUACUUUUUAACAAUGCAGCAGCAUGUUCAUCAUCGUCAACAUCAUCAAUGCUCAGCGGUGUCGCUAAGCAUCCCCAGGGUGUCAAUGGUGGUUGUGGUGGAGGCAGUCAAGCCACAGCAGGAAACAACAGCAACAACAUGGCAUUCAACAACAGAACUCAUCAACCAAACUUCAACUCCAACCCCAACUCCUUCUCAUCAUAUCCCUCCUCAUCAGAGCCCAGCAAGGCCGCCGAUUAUCUUUUAUCCCAUCAUCUUACGCAUCACUCGUUCACCGAGCCUGCGGUGCCCUCAUAUUAUCGCCCAAACAGCAUCACUCCUCCACCACCCUCCAACGCGCCCCAGCGUGGAGCCUUUUGUUUGUCAAACACUCCAGGUAGCGCAGCCUCCUCGAUCACGGCCAAUGCCGCCACACCACAAUUGCCAUCCACGCAUCAUCUCCUGCAGCUACAAGCCAAUGACUUUAGUUCAUCAAACAAGUUCCUCUUGCCUGAGCUCUCGGCUUCCAUUUACAACAACAACAACAACAGUAGCUGUAGCAACUCCUACUCUUCGGACGCAGGACAUUCAAAGAAUGGUGGCGGUGCUGUCUGUGGCAAUGGAGCAGGCAGCCUAGCAUUCUUUGGCAGUGCAGCACAACCAAGAUCGGUACAAAGACAGCAUCAGCAGCAGCAUCAGACAGACAACUUUAGCCAAUCACACAACACGCAUCAUCAAUAUCCACAACUAUCUUUUGUUGACUAUUCCAACCAACAACAACAACAGCAACAGCAACAGCAGCAACAACAACUUCAACAGCAACAACCAAUAAUACAGGGUAAUCAAUAUGGAUAUCAGCUUCCAAUAGCUGUAAUCAUCCAGCAGCCACAAACCCGCAAUCAUCUCUUCCAACAUCAACAACAGCAACAGCAACAACAAUCAGUGGCAGCACAUCUACUACCACCACCAAUCACUGCCCAACAUCACUUUUAUCAACUGCCCUCGAUAGAUAGUCUAACAGGAGCAGCAGCACACCUACACAACUUCUAUCCAGGUCAGUUCGCUGGUGUGGACGGCCCCAACAGCCAUCACCACUACUUCCAACAAUCUGACGACGACUUCCAAGACGACAGCUCAGACCACGACUCCAACCUCGAUGACCAUGGUGGUUGGGGUGAAGCUGACUAUGACUGUCCCAUCUCGGCAGCAGUCGCCGCAUCACUCAAUCCUGCCCCCAUUGCCGUGGCCCCGGCUCACUAUGUUGCCUUUGACCAACAACAGAUCCACCACCAUCCAUAUUUCCAUCAGCAACAUCAGCAACAUCAUCAACAACAGCAACAACAACAACAACAAUAUUCGUAUCACCAACAACUUCCAAACAAAUGCAUGCAACAGCAACAACAGCAACAGCAAAUGGAUAUCGUAGGCCUACCACUAUCCAAAGGCAAGAUGCAUCUACUACACCAGAAUGGAAACGAAGAGUAUCCGAUUCACAUCCUCUGA